AUGUUGAAAGGGUUGUUGACACAUCGACGCUCUACACAACCGGGCAUUUCCUUUUUAUCGAAAGUGAAAGAAGUGACCAACAGCGAGAGUCCGACUACUUUAACAACGAACGACACAUCUUUUACUUUCAAUCACAUUCCUCGGACUGAUUUUUCGCUCUUAACAAAUUUGACACAACUUUCGAUGACUAAUAUGAAACUCCAGUCGCUUGGGGUGAUCGCAAAUUUGAAACUUUUAGAACUCGACGUCUCGAACAACGAAAUAUCCUCUUUUGGACACGCUGAGAUGACAACACUCACCAAACUCGAUCUCUCCGAAAACCCUUUGUUCGACCUUCACCAGUUCCCGCCGAACUUAGUGGACCUCUCCUUGGGCAACAUCGACUUUCGUUCGUUUGUGCCUGUUCUUAAAGUGGUUCUUCCCCUCAAAAAGCUUCGCCGCCUGACCCUCCCACAGUUUGCGCCAUGGAGACAAACGACGCAAGAGCGGAUUGAACAAGUCCAGUCGCAAUUUGACCAAAUUCAGAGUCUAGACAACGGCCAAAUGCAAGACGUCUUAGAGGGGCGAAUAGCCGCGGUGAUAGAGCGACUGAUGGCGCAAAUCGAAGAGAUGACGAACGAGUUAUCUUCGCUCGAAGAGUUCGACAAUCCGUUAUUCAGUCGAAUUCAAGAGAAUUUGACAUUAGACGAAUUGAAUGGGGAGCACCUGACUGCCCGUACUCAUGACCAAAGUAGUCUUAUUUACGACCACACGAAUCCGAUUGCUUAUGUCGAGCAACGGAAAUGUGGUGUUUGCAAUGUUCCUUUUGACACUGGAUUCAAUGUGACGAGUCAGUGGGACAAAAUCGAAGGGAUAAGUAGUCCAAGGCAAUUUGAGUAUUCUCCCGUGAGUGGUGAGUUAGCUAUUGGGACGAUGAAAGGGGCGAUCUAUGUAGUCGACCACAAUACAUGUCAACGGAUUCAAACGACAUAUAAUGAUCCAAUAUAUGGCAUAGGGUGGUAUAAAACAAGGAAUAAUCGCAUGAAAGCUGUUGUGGGGAGUUCUGAGGGGGAACUUGGAGUCAUCGACUCAUUUCAAACGAGUUACACCCACAUCCAUUCCCUUGAGAAUCUCUUCUCGUUACAUGUGAACACCAGCGAUAGAUAUUUAGUGACGUCGGGGAAUGGGAAUGGCGUGUGUUUGUUUGAUGCGAACACGUUUCAAGUGUAUAAAAAGUUUGACGCGAUUCAUGAAGGAAAAGUGAAUGUCGCGCGAUUUGGGAAUACCGACGAGAACGUCUUGGUGACGAGCUCGUACGACAAAACUAUCAAAUUGUGGGACUUAAGAAGUGGCUUGAAAAAAGAAGCGCAAGUGAUGAAGGGGGUAUCACUGUUUAUAUCAGUCGGCCUGAAUUCAAGCGACACGGAAGUAGUAGCGUCGGGGAAGGACAAUUAUGUCGUUAAAUUUGAUUUGAGGAAGAAUGAAGAGAACAAAGAGAACAAAAGCUCGAAAGGAACGACUAUGAAGGUUCAGAAAUUGCUCGAAGAGAAUAAUUACACACGCGCGUACUUCACAUGCGACGACAAAAAUGUUGUUGUGGCGUCAACUAUGCAAACGUCGAUAUUUAUGUGCGACGCUCAAAGUGGGAAAUUGGUCGCAGAAUGCUUCUUCGACCCAUUGAAAAUCGACAUGUGUGACGGGUUGGUCAGUUUAAGACCACACCCGUUCGACCCAUUUGUCGUCUCGGCUAUUCCUUUUAUUAAUGACCCGUUCCAAACACUUGGACUCUAUCAAUGCGAUAUAAUGAAAGAUUUGUAA